AUGUACGCCGUCGAUGAUCGAUCGCACGCAGCUCAUCCUCCCCAACCACCACCGCUUUCCAUGGACCGAAUUCACCCCUCGCCUAACGUGUAUCCUGGUUCCGCAGGACCAGUACCUGGCAGUAUGGUUUCCCCGACUAACCAUGCGGAACCCGUCUCGACCAUUCAUGACAACCGCAUCUGGUCGUUGCAAGUUGUGCAGCAACCUAUUCGUGCCCGGAUGUGUGGAUUCGGCGACAAGGAUCGACGGCCGAUCACACCUCCCCCGUGCAUCCGCUUGAUUGUUCGAGAUGCACAAACCGAAAAAGAGAUUGACAUCAAUGAAAUGGACAUCACCUACUACGUUAUCAUGGCAGACCUGUGGAGUCAAGACGGUUCUCACGAAGUAAAUCUAGUGAAGCACUCUGCCACAUCCCCUUCCAUCUCCACGGCAAUGUCUUCUUCAUACCCGCCGCCUCCGCAUCCUACUUCUCCCGAGUAUCCAUCAUCAUAUCCACAGAAUGCGUAUAACCAAGCCACUGGCUACCCGGUGAACAGCAGCUACUACGGCGGCAACCCUCAAAUGCCAUACUCUUACCCCAACCCGCAAGCGCAAUACUACCAACCGCAGUACUAUGCAAGCGGUGGCAUGGCUCAACCAGUAAAUGUGGCCGGCGCUCAACCUGUCGCCUCAGGCCCUGGCGGCAUGUUCACACGUAACCUCAUUGGUUGUCUGAGCGCCAGUGCUUUCCGCCUAUGUGAUCCGGAUAACAAGAUUGGCGUGUGGUUCAUUCUGCAGGACCUCAGUGUGCGCACGGAAGGCAUCUUCCGCCUGAAAUUCAGCUUUGCCAACGUGGGCAGGGCUAUUAACGACAUGAAUGAUCCCCACAAGGUCAUGGAGGUGAUCAACAAGGGUGCAGCACCAAUACUUGCUACCGUCUUUUCAGAGCCAUUCCAGGUGUUCUCUGCAAAGAAAUUCCCAGGCGUCAUCGAAAGCACAGCACUGAGCAAAUGCUUUGCACUGCAAGGAAUCAAGAUUCCGAUCCGGAAGGACGGUGUCCGAGGUCAAGGGUCCCGCGGGCGCCACAGCGAGGACGAAGAAGAGGGAGGCGGAGAAUUCUAA